UUAAAAAAAAAAACAAUGAAAAUCCAAAACAGUACUGUGAGAGAAGCCCACGAGUUCACAACCGUGAUGAUUAUAUUUUUAUGGCUUGUUGUGGCUUUGAGUGUGAUUGUGCACUGGUUUUAUAGAGUAAACAAUGAAUAUUAUGUUCUGGCCUUUUUCGCCCGACGAGUUAAGGCCAGGAAUGGCAAGUCCCUGGAGAACUUGGCUCCCAUAGCCCCGCAACGAUAUUUUUUUGGCAACUGUUUUGAUUUGUACGGCAAAAACCCAGCUGAAGUUUUCCAGCACAUGCGAGAUCUGGCCAAAGGAUUCGGAAGAAGCUAUCUCCAAUAUGGAAUGGGUAUCUCGCAUUACAACGUUAUCGAUGCCCACACCACGGAGAGUAUCCUAAAUCAUCCAAAUCUGAUAACCAAAGGGAUGGCCUAUAAUUUUCUUCAUCCAUUCUUAAAAACUGGGGUUCUAACUUCAAAAGCAAAGAAGUGGCACACUAGACGAGGGAUGCUAACAAGGACUUUCCAUUUCAAUAUCCUCAACCAGUUUCAAGAGAUCUUCAUAGCCGAGAGUCUAAAGUUUGUUCAACAAUUCGAAAAUGAUGAAAUAAGUCUUGUUUCGCUGAGUGAGCCAGUAGCUAGAUUUACCCUAAACAGCAUUUGUGAAACCGCCAUGGGUAUAAAACUAGAUGAAAUGGCUGAAAGGGGCAAUCGCUAUCGUGAAAACUUCCUGAUGAUCGAUGAGUGCUUCAUAAGACGCUUGAGAAAUCCUCUAUAUUGGGGGGACUACUUCUACAAUAUUUUUGCUGCUAGGGAUUAUGAUGCUGCUUUGAAAGUUUGUCAUGACUUUUCCAGUGAAAUUAUAGCCAAGAGAAGGAUUUUGCUUGAAGAUGAAUUAGAAUAUAGAAGAGCUACACAAACAGCCGAUGAUGAUUUAUGCGUUCCCCGAGGAAAAUUGUUUGCCAUGUUGGACACCUUGAUUUGCGCUGAAAAAGAUGGCCUCAUCGAUCACAGUGGCAUUUGUGAGGAGGUGGACACUCUGGUGGCUGAAGGACAUGACACCACGGCAGUGGGUCUUAUAUUUGGCUUAAUGAAUAUGUCUAUCUAUGAGGAAGAGCAGGAUAUCUGCUAUCAGGAGAUCCAAGAGCACAUACAUGACGACUUGAGCAACCUUGACCUGAAUCAGUUGAGUAAACUGAAGCACCUGGAGUAUUUUCUGAAAGAAACCAUGAGACUGUAUCCCGCUGUACCCAUGUUGGCACGCCAGGCUGUCCAGGAAACAGAGCUUUCCAGUGGCUUGAUUCUCCCAAAACGGUCUCAAAUAAAUAUACACGUCUUCGAUAUCCAUCGAAAUCCCAAAUACUGGGAUGAGCCAGAGGAAUUCCGACCGGAGCGGUUCCUCCCAGACAACUGCCAGAAACGGCACACUUACGCCUAUAUUCCAUUUAGUGCCGGACAAAGAAAUUGCUUGGGUCAAAAAUAUGCCAUGCAAGAGAUGAAGACCCUCUUGGUGGUCAUUCUCAAAAAAUUCAAGAUUCUGCCGGUUAUCGAUCCGAAAUCCAUUGUGUUCCAAACGGGAAUUACACUGCGCACUCAGAACGAAAUAAAAGUUAAGUUUGUGAAAAGGAAAGUGUCAUCGUGAGAAGACUAAAAGAGUACAUAUAGGUUUCAUAAAUCGAAAGUCAUGAUGGCUUGCAGAAAAUUGUUUGUUUUGUAAUCCAGUAAUACAGUCCAUACCUUUGUA